AUGGCGAACGAUUCUCCUGCAAAAAGUCUGGUGGAUAUCGACCUUUCCUCCUUGCGGGACCCCGCUGGGAUUUUUGAACUGGUGGAAGUGGUUGGCAAUGGCACGUACGGGCAAGUCUACAAGGGUCGACAUGUCAAAACAGGUCAACUGGCAGCCAUCAAAGUCAUGGAUGUUACUGAGGAUGAAGAAGAAGAAAUCAAACUGGAGAUUAAUAUGCUAAAGAAAUAUUCCCAUCAUAGAAAUAUUGCAACGUAUUAUGGUGCUUUCAUUAAGAAAAGUCCUCCAGGACAUGAUGACCAACUGUGGCUUGUUAUGGAGUUUUGUGGAGCAGGCUCUAUCACAGACCUUGUAAAGAACACAAAAGGGAAUACUCUGAAAGAAGACUGGAUAGCGUAUAUCUCCAGGGAGAUUCUGCGGGGGUUGGCACAUCUUCAUGCCCAUCAUGUGAUUCACAGGGAUAUCAAAGGGCAAAAUGUAUUGUUAACAGAAAAUGCAGAAGUGAAACUCGUGGAUUUUGGUGUGAGCGCUCAGCUGGACAGGACAGUUGGCAGGAGAAACACUUUCAUUGGAACUCCGUACUGGAUGGCUCCAGAAGUUAUUGCCUGUGACGAAAAUCCAGAUGCUACGUAUGAUUACAGAAGUGACCUUUGGUCGUGUGGCAUUACAGCCAUAGAGAUGGCAGAAGGAGCUCCCCCGCUUUGUGACAUGCACCCCAUGAGAGCGCUCUUUCUGAUACCCAGGAACCCUCCCCCACGGUUAAAAUCCAAGAAAUGGUCAAAAAAGUUUUUCAGCUUUAUAGAAGGUUGUCUAGUAAAGAAUUACAUGCAGCGACCUUCUACAGAGCAACUCUUGAAACACCCUUUUAUACGUGACCAACCAAAUGAAAGGCAAGUCCGAAUCCAGCUUAAGGACCAUAUAGACAGGACCAGGAAGAAGAGAGGAGAGAAAGAUGAGACAGAGUAUGAAUACAGUGGAAGUGAGGAAGAAGAGGAGGAAGUGCCUGAACAAGAAGGAGAGCCAAGUUCCAUUGUCAAUGUGCCUGGAGAAUCAACCCUCCGACGUGAUUUCCUGAGACUGCAGCAGGAAAACAAGGAACGGUCCGAGGCCCUUCGGAGACAGCAGCUGCUGCAGGAGCAGCAGCUCCGUGAACAGGAGGAGUACAAGAGGCAGCUGCUGGCAGAGAGACAGAAGCGCAUUGAGCAGCAGAAGGAGCAAAGGAGACGGCUAGAAGAGCAACAAAGGAGAGAACGGGAAGCUCGAAGGCAACAAGAGCGUGAGCAAAGACGGAGAGAACAGGAAGAAAAAAGACGUCUGGAAGAAAUGGAGAGGAGGCGUAAGGAAGAGGAAGAGAGAAGAAGAGCAGAGGAGGAGAAGAGGAGGGUAGAAAGGGAGCAGGAGUAUAUCAGGCGACAGCUAGAAGAGGAGCAGCGGCACUUGGAAAUUCUACAGCAGCAGCUGCUCCAGGAGCAGGCCAUGUUACUGGAAUACAGAUGGCGAGAGAUGGAGGAACACCGACAGGCGGAGCGACUCCAGCGCCAGUUGCAGCAGGAGCAAGCCUACCUCCUGUCGCUGCAGCACGAUCACAGGCGGCAGCAACAGCAGCAGCAACAACAACAGCAGCAGCAACAGCAGCAACAGCAGCAAGAAAGAAACAAACAAAGCUAUCACACUCCUGAGCCAAAAUCCCACUAUGAGCCUGCUGAAAGAGCGCGUGAGGUGGAGGAGAGAUUUAGAAAAACUAAUCAGGGGUCCCCUGAAGCACAGUCUAAACAGAUGGGCAAAGUGUUGGAGCCACCAGUGCCUUCAAGAUCAGAGUCCUUUUCCAAUGGAAACUCGGAACCUGCUCAGCCUGCCCUGCAGAGGCCGAUGGAGCCCCAGGUACAGUGGUCCCAUCUGGCAUCUCUCAAGAACAAUGUUUCCCCUGUCUCGCGAUCCCAUUCCUUCAGUGACCCUUCUCCCAAAUUUGCUCAUCACCAUCUUCGUUCCCAGGACCCAUAUCCACCUUCACGCAGUGAAGUGCUAAAUCAGAGUUCUGACUCUAAGUCGGAGGUACCUGACCCCACCCAAAAGGCUUGGGCUAGAUCAGACAGUGACGAGGUGCCUCCAAGGGUACCUGUGAGAACAACAUCUCGAUCACCAGUCCUGUCCCGCCGUGAUUCUCCACUGCAGGGCAGUGGGCAGCAAAAUAACCAAGCAGGUCAAAGAAACUCCACAAGCAAUAUAGAGCCUCGUCUACUGUGGGAAAGGGUGGAGAAGCUUGUACCAAGGCCAGGUAGUGGCAGUUCUUCGGGUUCAAGCAACUCUGGCUCACAGCCUGGCUCCCAUCCUGGCUCUCAAAGUGGGUCUGGAGAGCGGUUCCGGAUGAGAUCAUCAUCCAAAUCAGAGGGUUCACCGUCUCAGCGUCAUGAAAGUGCACCUAAAAAGCCUGAGGAGAAGAAGGAAGUCUUCAGACCUAUCAAGCCUGCUGGAGAAGUGGAUUUAACUGCACUGGCAAAGGAGUUGCGAGCAGUAGAGGAUGUGCGACCUCCACAUAAAGUCACAGAUUAUUCAUCCUCAAGUGAGGAGUCAGGGACGACGGAUGAAGAAGACGAUGAUAUGGAACAAGAAGGAGCAGAUGAAUCUACUUCUGGACCAGAUGAUGUCCGAGCUGUGUCAACAUUGAACUUGAGCAAUGGUGAAACAGAGUCAGUAAAAACCAUGAUUGUCCAUGACGAUGUGGAGAGUGAACCUGCCUUGACUCCUUCUAAGGAGGGCACCUUAAUUGUCCGACAGAGUACAGUUGACAAAAAGCGUGCCAGCCAUCAUGAGAGCAAUGGCUUUGCCGGUCGCAUUCACCUCUUGCCAGAUCUCUUACAGCAAAGCCAUUCCUCCUCCACUUCCUCCACCUCCUCCUCCCCAUCCUCCAGCCAGCCGACACCCACCAUGUCCCCACAGACACCCCAGGACAAGCUAACUACUAAUGAGACUCAGUCCGCUAGUAACACACUCCAGAAACACAAAUCUUCCUCCUCCUUUACACCUUUUAUAGACCCCAGAUUACUACAGAUUUCUCCAUCUAGUGGGACAACUGUGACUUCUGUGGUAGGAUUUUCUAGUGAAGCAAUGAGGUCAGAGGCAAUAAGGCAAGACCCUACACGGAAAGGAUCCGUUGUCAAUGUGAAUCCCACAAACACGCGGCCACAGAGCGAUACCCCAGAGAUUCGCAAAUACAAGAAGAGAUUCAAUUCUGAAAUACUGUGUGCUGCCUUAUGGGGAGUGAACUUGUUAGUGGGCACUGAAAGUGGUCUGAUGCUGCUAGACAGAAGUGGUCAGGGGAAGGUUUAUCCACUCAUCAAUCGAAGACGAUUCCAGCAAAUGGAUGUACUUGAAGGGCUGAAUGUCUUGGUGACAAUUUCUGGUAAGAAGAACAAGUUGCGAGUUUACUAUUUGUCCUGGUUAAGAAAUAAAAUCCUUCACAACGACCCUGAGGUUGAAAAGAAACAGGGCUGGACAACGGUGGGCGACUUGGAAGGCUGUGUGCACUAUAAAGUUGUAAAAUAUGAAAGAAUCAAGUUCUUGGUAAUUGCAUUGAAGAGUUCUGUGGAAGUCUAUGCAUGGGCACCAAAGCCAUACCAUAAAUUUAUGGCGUUUAAGUCAUUUGGAGAAUUGGUACAUAAGCCAUUGCUGGUGGAUCUGACUGUAGAAGAGGGUCAGAGACUAAAAGUGAUCUAUGGCUCCUGUGCUGGCUUCCAUGCUGUUGAUGUGGAUUCAGGAUCGGUCUAUGACAUUUAUCUACCAACACAUAUCCAGAGUAGUAUCCAGCCUCACGCAAUCAUCAUUCUCCCAAACACGGAUGGGAUGGAGCUGCUGGUCUGCUAUGAGGAUGAAGGAGUUUAUGUCAACACAUAUGGAAGGAUAACCAAGGAUGUGGUUCUGCAGUGGGGAGAAAUGCCAACUUCAGUUGCGUACAUCCGAUCCAACCAGAUCAUGGGCUGGGGAGAAAAAGCUAUUGAAAUACGGUCGGUGGAGACUGGACACUUGGAUGGUGUGUUCAUGCACAAAAGGGCACAGAGACUCAAGUUCCUAUGUGAACGCAAUGACAAGGUUUUCUUUGCCUCCGUACGGUCAGGUGGAAGCAGUCAAGUCUAUUUCAUGACCCUUGGCAGGACUUCUCUUCUGAGCUGGUAGAAGCAGUGGGAUUUGGCGAGGAAUUGCUGACAUCCAGAGCCUGAGAUCUUCGUAACAUGGAAUUAUUUUCAACUGGAGUACAGACCUGCACUAAUGCAGCACUCUGUGUAAAUGUGUGUGCAGGAAUCACUGGUGUUAGGUUUCUUUUAGUUUUUCAACUGAGGCUGCGAUGCAGCUGGUGCUGUAAAGAUACUGCCAUCAGGUGCUACAAUGUCUUUGAGGUUUGGGAUCAUGCUAGAAAGCUACAGGUCGUCUUUUCCCUUCAGCUCCAGGAUUCCUAGGCUUUGAAGGACUCUGUUGUUAGUGUUAAAACAGAGAGGGGGGAAAAAGGAAAAAAAAAAACCCAAAACCAUACUUACCGUGAACGUGCUGUUGAGUGGACAAGGAGGUAGGCAAGAGAAGGUGAGAAGUGGUGUAGAGAGUCAGACCGGCUGAAACAGAGGGCA